CUAUCUCCCCGCACACUCGGCGGGCAAGGUGAAAGGUUCUGAAGAUGGCGGCGGCCUUUGCGGAUGAAGCAGUGGAUAACGAUGAUUAUUACUCGCUUCUGAACGUCAGGAGGGAGGCUACCCAGGAUGAGUUAAAGGCUUCAUACCGCAGACUGUGCAUGUUAUACCACCCAGACAAGCACAGGGACCCAGAAUUGAAAAGGCAGGCUGAGCAGCUCUUUAACCUUGUCCACCAGGCUUAUGAAGUUCUUAGUGACCCACAAGCAAGAGCCAUCUAUGAUAUAUAUGGGAAGAAAGGACUGGACAUGGAAGGAUGGGAGGUUGUAGAGAGAAGACGGACAGCAGCUGAGAUUAGAGAUGAAUUUGAGAGAUUACAAAGGGAACGAGAAGAAAGGCGACUUCAACAGAGAACCAAUCCAAAGGGGACAAUUAGUGUUGGAAUAGAUGCCACCGAACUGUUUGAUCGCUAUGAUGAAGAUUUCGAAGACCUGCCAGGAAGUGGCUUACCCCAGAUUGAAAUUAACCGAAUGCACAUCUCGCAGUCUAUUGAGGCACCUCUCACUGCGACCGACACAGCAAUCCUCUCCGGGAGUCUCUCUACACAGAAUGGUAAUGGCGGUGGAUCAAUAAACUUUGCUCUGAGACGAGUGACCUCGGCAAAAGGAUGGGGAGAGUUAGAAUUUGGAGCAGGUGACCUACAAGGACCACUGUUUGGAUUUAAAGUAUUCCGAAAUCUUACAGCAAAAUGUUUCUUCACCACACACUGCGCCUUGCAGUUUUCUUCCCAAGGAGUCCGUCCAGGUCUUACAACAGUGCUGGCUCGACAUCUCGACAAGAACACUAUGGGUUACAUCCAGUGGCGGUGGGGAAUCCAGUCUGCUAUGAAUACCAGUAUUGUCCGGGACACAAAAACAAGCCACAUGACCAUGGCACUGCAGCUUGGAAUUCCUCAUUCUUUUAUGAUGGUCAGUUAUCAGCACAAAUUCCAAGAUGAAGAACAGACUCGGGUAAAGGGAUCCAUAAAGGCAGGUUUCUUCGGGACAGUGGUGGAAUAUGGAGCAGAGAGAAAGAUAUCCAGGCACAGUGUAUUGGGAGCCACCGUCAGUGUUGGCGUGCCACAAGGAGUGUCUUUAAAAAUCAAGUUAAAUAGAGCUAGUCAGACAUAUUUCUUUCCUAUCCACCUGACAGAUCAGCUCCUACCAAGCGCCGUGUUUUAUGCAACCAUCGGUCCUCUUGUUAUCUACGUGGCCAUGCACCGUCUUAUCAUCAAACCUUACCUCAGGGCUCAAAAGGAAAAAGAUCUGGAAAAACACAGAGAGAGUUCUGCCACUGAUAUCUUACAGAAGAAACAAGAAGCUGAAGCUGCUGUUCGAUUGAUGCAGGAAUCUGUCAGAAGGAUAAUUGAAUCUGAAGAGUCCAGAAUGGGCCUGAUAAUACUAAAUGCUUGGUACGGCAAAUUUGUGACUGAUAACAGCAGGAGAAAUGAAAAGGUGAAGGUGAUUGACGUGACUGUGCCCCUGCAGUGUUUAGUGAAAGAUUCCAAACUAAUCCUUACAGAAACCACCAAAGCCGGUCUUCCUGGUUUCUACGACCCUUGUGUUGGUGAAGAAAAAAGCCUAAAAAUACUUUACCAGUUCAGAGGAGUCCUUCAUCAAGUAAUGUCUGGGGAUAAUGAAGCACUUAGGAUACCAAAGCAAUCUCACAAGAUUGAUGCAGAUGGCUAGCCGUUUUCCAUCAGAAGAACCCAAACAAGAACUUUAAACCACCCGGGACAAAACCUUUACCUUGGAUCCUUCGUCCCUCAAAUCCAUAAGUCCAAGAGAAGAUUUUCCUAAUUUUCUUUAAAUACCAUAAAGAAGGUAUUACGAACCUGAUCUUCUUCAGACUGAACACCUUCUAAUUAUUUAUACUGUGGCAAUAUCCCAGUUAUGCAUUAUGGGAAAGGGUACUCAACAAUUACUGAGCGUGUAUUGUCAAUCUUGGAAGUAGCAGCCAUAAGUUAUCUGUACGAUUGAUUAGUGUUUCCCGGCUUAUUUAAUUCAUUAAUGGAGGCUGUCAACAAUUAACUGAAACCAGACCAUUCUAUGUGGGCAGAGUCAUUCUGCAUGACCAUUAUUGCUGUAUUUAAAGUGAACUGUGCAUAUGUUCUAAUAUUUCUCAAAAUUAGCUUCAUGUGUUUGCUUUGUUUUUUUUUUGUUUUUUAUUCAACCUUAAAUUUCCAUAAUAUAUGCUAUCAAUCUUGUUCUGCGGAGCUUACAUUUCUAGAGAAUUUUCAUUUUGCAUAGUCCUGUCUAUUACAACAUUUUGACUUUAUUUGUUUUUUUUUUUAUUACCCACGAUGUGAUAUGUCCACUGACCACAAAAUAUUUACACACUACAGUAACUUAACUCAUGUGCCAUUACCUAAUUUUUUCUAUCUUUACACAAGUCAUUUCAAACACACUUCUCGGGACAUAAGUCAGAACAGCACUGCUCAUUCUAGUGGCCAUUUAAAAAGCGUGAUAACCUGGGAAGUCCUACUGCAUUGGUUUUCUGAAAUAGAAAUCUUUAACCUCAAAAUUCUUUUUAACAGAAAAUACAAAACCGGAUUUGUUCUUAUACAGCAAGUAAACAAGGAAAUAAAUUGACAUCUACAGAUAAUAUUGAAGUGUGAAGGGGUAUUAUACUCAAUGAAUGCAAUUGGAGAUCCUACAGUGUUGCCAAUGCGGCAUGCACAUCCAUAAACCUACCAUGUUUCACCUUUUAAUACCUGGUACAGAAUGUAAUACUCCUAGAAAGGUUUUAUCAAUUGAUCUAAAGCUUAAAGGGACACUAUAAUCACCCAGACCAUUUCAGCUCAUUGAAGUGGCCUGGGUGCAGUAUCCCUGUCCCUCUUAGUCCUGCAAUGUAAAUCAUUGCAGUUUGAGAAACUGUAAUACUUACAUUGCAGGACUAGGACUGCCUCUUAUGGCUUUUAAUCAGUCAGCCACUAGAGGCACUUCCUAGUGGCCAUCCGACUUUUAGGUGCCUGAUUCUGGACGUACUUACGCUCUGCAUGAGGACAUACAACGCCUCUAAAAUUCCUAUUGGAAAGCACUGAAGCAAUGCUUUCCUAUGGAGAAGGCCUACUGCCCUUGCCGCGCAUGUGCACUAGGCUCCCACCAUCAGAAGAGGUGGAGCGCUGACCCAACAAGAGAGAGAUUGGGGCUGGAAUCAGGUGAGUACACUUUUUUUUUUUUUUUUUUUUUUUAAACCCUUAAUAACCCAAUUGGGUGGGGGGACCAGAGGGCUCUAUCGUGCAAGGAAUACCACUUAAUAUCCUGUAAUAAAAGUAUCUGGGUUUGUGUAUUACAUUUCUUACAUCUCAUUUUGGGAAUGUAGUAGCUAUAUCAAGAUUAGAUAUUUUAUUGUUAACCCCUUAAGGACCAAACUUCUGGAAUAAAAGGGAAUCAUAUGUCACACAUGUCAUGUGUCCUUAAGGGGUUAAACAAUCAGUAAUUUUUUUUUUCUCAUUAAGUCUAAAAGGACAUUGGGAAUGUGCAUUUCUAGACAGAAUCUGUUGGUUUUCUUUAUAAACACCACUAAAUUUGCAUAGCACAAAUUUUAAUAUAUUGACAUAAACAGCCAACCCCUCUGCCAGUAAAUACUAUAACUCUAGCCUAUGUUAAAUGUUUUUAUGUGGAAUUUUUACGUGGUAAACUUAAAUCUUCCAAGCAAUGCAAUCAAUUUUUCACGUAUAAAUGAUUGGGUUAUUUAUAAAAAAAAUAUAUAUAUUGAUUUUGGUUAAUUUUUAUUGCAUGUAUAUCAGCACUUCCUUGGCUUGUAUUAUUUGAAUUUCUAUGCACUAUAUAUAGCAAUCGAACUGCGUUGGUCAAAUAGAAACAUAUCAUGCCAUUCACAAUGGCUUUCCAACAUACACUUUGCUUUUUUUACAUGUCGUUUGUCCUCUUCACGCCCACAUUUUUCUUUUCUAUAUAAAAGUUUUGUUUAAAUUAGUCUGAGAAGUAAAUUCUGUGUUCUGGAUUGACUACCACUGCGGUGCAACUUGUUUGACAACUGGAAUCAACCAGCAGUUACAGGAAGAGCUGAAAUCUGUGGUGACAGAUGGUGUCAGUACGGUCUUGAUAUACUAGGAGCUGCCUAACCACUUGUACUAGAGAACUUAGAGGGACACUCCAAAUCCCUAACACCUAGAGGACUCUAGCUGGCUGGAGCAUGUGUCCUCUUAUUUCAUUGUACAAAAAGUGCAGAUUUCAAUAGAAUUUGGAACCUAUAAAAAUCUUGUUAAACCACCAUGGCUGUCAGACAGCUGGCCCUGUUACUUCCUGGUUGCUUAGCUCAGUGGAGCUAAACUCAAGAGAUGGCAAUUGCUCAGAACUCUUGCCUGGCAAAGACCACGCAUGGAGCUGCAUUGGGAAGAAGAAGGGUCGGACAAAAGAUCUGCAGCUUUUAUAUGCUGGUAUUUGAUAUACCCCCAAUGAAAAAUGCACGUAUUGUUUUCAUGGGCUUUAUAUCUACUGAAAAGUGAUAUUUGGGCAGUGGGGAGUGUACCUUUAAAGGUUUUUACCUCAUUAACAUGCUGAUUUUUUGCAUGCUCAAAUCUUUAUAGUUUUUUUGCACACACAAAAAAUAAGGAAUUCUUUCUGGCAUUUGGAGGCUUGGCUUAGGAGGCAGCUGUAUGGUGCAGCAUUCUACAAAACAUCUAAUUAUUUUUUGGGUGUUAAAAAAAACAAAACUAUGAAGACUUUCUUGUGCAACAGAAAACAGCAUAUUAAUGAGGCCAAACCCUCUCAAAUGCAUAGGAUUGGUGCCCAGUGUGUUCUUUUAACCAGUGGCAGCCAAUUAUUAUUUUGAUGUAUCCUCACUGAGCCAAAAGGUAUUUUAAAAA